UAAUGUCAGUUUUGCCGGUUAAAAUACGUGUUACUGAUGUCUUCAGGAGAGCAUCUAAUGUUGUUAUUGUGAAAUCAACUCGAUCGUUUACCUUACCAUAAAGCAUUAGUUAAUCAUUUGGUUGAAAUACGUGUAAGAACAAAGCUAUAAAAAAUGGUGAUCAACCCAAAGUACCGGAAAAUGAACAUUAAACCGUGUUUCGUACAAUUACAACAGAUUGAUACCGACCUGUUGAAUCGUGGAAUUUAUGGACGAAAUCAUGGAAAUCACGUACCAAUACUAUCGCACAAGUGCCCGAAGUGUAAUCGAAAGUUUCUUUUGGAGACAACCUUUAAAAAACAUUUAAAAAACCAUUCAAGCAAAUACAAGCGCUCAUCCGAAAAUUCUUCGUUGAAGGAGAACGUUUUUCCGUGUAAAUUGUGCGACAAAACAUUUAGACAAAGCAGUUCCUUGAGUGUACACCAAAGAAUACACGAAAAUGUCAGGCGAUAUUGCUGCAGUCAUUGUCCAGCAAAAUUUCGGACCAAUGGAACUCUGCAGUCCCAUACUAGACUUCAUACCGGAGAUCGACCUUACGCUUGUACCGAAUGCCCGGCUGCAUUUAUAACAUCAAGUCAAUUGAAGGUCCACAUCAGGGUGCACACGAAACACAAACCGUACGAAUGUUAUGUUUGUAAACGCACAUUUAGUCAAUGUGGUGGUCUCCGAAGUCAUUAUAGCCGGAUACACUUACGUACGAAGUAUGCAUGUCCAGUUUGCUAUAACGUGAAAUACGCCUCAAUGCCCACUCUAAGGCUGCACAUGUUAACCCACUAUGAAGUGAUUGGAAGCAAAGUCGAAAAACGGUCAUACGAAUGUUACGUCUGCCACAAGCCUUUGGCCCAACAGAGAGGCAUUCGAAAGCAUUUGCUAACUCACUAUUUGGAGGACAGCUCCAUUGAGUGUGAUAUUUGUCACAAGAAGUUUGCGCAAACAACUCAAUUAUUACAACACAUGCCGACGCACACCAAAGAAAAUGCAUUUCCAUGCUCGAUUUGCAAGAAAAUGUUUCGUUUCCGCAGCAAUUUGAUAAGACACCGACUUACCCAUACAAAGGAGAAGAAUUUCGUCUGUUUGGUUUGUACGGCCAGAUUUGCACGGUCGGACAGUUUGCAAAAUCACAUGAUAUGCCAUUCUGACCAAAGGGAUUAUAACUGUAGGAAAUGUGCUAAAUCCUAUAAGCGAUCGGUGGACCUACAAAAUCAUAUGUACACGCAUGAGAAAGAGACUCCAUUUCAAUGCUAUGUUUGCAAGAAGACUUUGGCCAAAUUGCAGUCGCUGCGACGCCACUUCAGAUGCCACACCGGUUACAUGCCAUACUCGUGCGAUGUGUGCGGAAAAAAAUAUAGGAACGGCUCAUCGUUCAAAUACCAUGUUGGAACCCACAUAAAAAACGUCCGUCGUCGUUGCUAAUUUAGCAAAGCAUAGAUGUAAUGCCAUGCCUUUUUUGGAACUUCAAUAAACGUACGGAAUUU